AGCCUCGAGCUCGGCUGCCUCAGGUUCACUCCUCCCAUCUGGCCAUCUCUCGGACUCUCUCUCCUCCUUGCUGUUCGGCUCUUCCUUGCCUGGCGGCGACGACCGGGCGAGCGGCGGCGCCAUCUGUCACGUCGUCACCCAGCCCUUUGCCGACGACAAGCACCCUCCAGAAGGUGCACAGUCGGGUUGACAUUGUACUGGCCAGAGGAGAUUAGGACUUAAGCAUGGGGGUUCCAAAACAGAGGUGGACAUCUGAGGAAGAAGCUGCGCUUAGAGCUGGAAUAGCGAGGCAUGGAGUUGGAAAAUGGCGCACAAUAUUGAAAGACCCAGAAUUUAGUUCCACCUUGUGCUACCGCUCAAAUGUUGACCUCAAGGACAAAUGGCGCAACAUGAAUGUAAUUGUCAGUACAUCGAGUUCUCGUGACAAGGGAAAGACUGCAGUGAAGAAAACACGAACGAUUCCCAAGAAUAAUGAACACACCACGGCAAUCAGCACAGUUACUUCUGAUAUUGAUGAUGAGAUUGUUGAUGACAAGCCUUUAGCAUCAGUGCCUAGUGAAGCACAGAAUGCACCGAAUCCAAAGAAAGCUCACUCAAGACUGGAUAAUAUUAUAAUGGAGGCUAUAAAGAGCUUAAAUGAGCCUACAGGGUCUCACAGAACUACUAUUGCUAAUUACAUAGAGGAGCAAUAUUGGCCGCCUAGUGAUUUUGAUCCCUUACUAUCUGCAAAACUGAAGGACUUAGCCACCAGUGGCAAAUUGAUAAAGGUGAAUCGGAAGUACAGGAUAGCACCGAGCUCGCCUAAUUCAGAGGGCCGAAGCCCCAAAAUGCUUCUGUUAGAAGACGUGCAGAGAGAGCCCAUCAAAAUAGGGAGCAAUGAUAGUAAAACCCUUACGAGAUCUCAAGUUGAUUCUGAAUUGGCAUGUAUGGCAACCAUGACUGCUGAGGAAGCUUCAGGGGCUGCUGCUCGUGCAGUUGCUGAAGCAGAGGCUAUCAUGGCAGAAGCUGAAGCAGCAGCGAGAGAAGCAGAGGCCGCAGAAGCAGACGCCCAAGCUGCUCAAGCCUUUGCUGAAGCAGCAUUUUUGACAUUGAAGAACAGAAAUGCUGCAAAAUUGGCGACAUGUCCAGCAACUGUGUGUAGCAGAGAUGCGGAUGUUGCGGUGGUUUUGCGGGCACACAAGGAGGGAUAAUCAGAUAGAGUUCUGAACGAAGCUAUUCGGGAUAGGGUCGGGGUUGCACCAAUUGAGGAGAAACUUACCCAACAUCGGUUGAGAUGGUUUGGACACGCCCAACGGAGGCCUCCUGAUGCGACGGUGCGUAGUGGGGUUCUAGAGCGGGUUGAUAAUGUAAAGAGGGAUAGAGGUAGACCUAAACUGACUUGGGAUGAGUUGGUUAAGAGAGACCUUAAGGUUUGGAAUAUCUCUAAAGAGAUAGCUUUGGAUAGGAGUGCUUGGAAACUAGCUAUCAAUGUGACUGAACCAUGACCUUUGUUUGGGUUUCAUCUCUAGUCUGCCCCAACUUGCUCGGGAAAAAAGGCUAUGAUGUUGUAUCAUCAAUAUAUAUGGCAUGUAAUUCUUGUGUGCAGUUUUGUGAGCCAUGUUUAGAUUUAAGGAUAAAAUACACUGAUCCCUUUGGAGAAAUCAAACCCUUUGUAUUUGUAGAGUGUCAA